UUCCAUAUAAAUGGAGGCUUUAGUGCCACCGAGGCUGCAGGAAGAUAAGGUUAUGAAAGUUGGGUUGUUAGAGAGAGAAAGAGAGUUGAGAUGGUUGUAGUUGGCCGCUUGAUUUCUUCAUUUUCACCAAACAUAAUCAACAGAUUUUCAUCUGAUAAUCCCAAACUCAUCUCCUCCUCAAGAGCUUCUACCAAUUCCGCCAGAAGAAAUGAAUUUCCAACGAAGAAGAAGAGUAAGCCUCGUUUAAUCGCGAUAUCAACGGCGGAAGCAAAAUGGCAUGGAAAUUGGAAUUCAGAGUAUUUAUUUUCCCUGCGAGACUUACAACUGCUUGAUCUUUCAGAUGAUGAUGGUGUCCACAAAGAUACUAAUGUUUCCAUAAACCUUUCCGUUCAAAAGCAUGCUGGUUUUGGGCUAUCAGUGGAAGGAAUGAUCACCACAUCAUUCACCAGAAAAUGUUGCAAUUGCUGCUCUCCAUACCUCAGAGAUAUUAACGCCACAUUUAAAGUGUGGAUUCUUCCAUCAACGAGAACAAUUAGGGACUCGUCUAAUCAACUUCCUGAUAUUGGCGGAGAUGAUCCUUCCGUUAUUUAUGUGAGACCCGGAUAUGAAGCUGAUCUGGAUUCUUUAAUACAAGACACAGUUCGACUUGCCACUUCAGUUAAAGAAACUUGCUCGGAAACUUGCGAGAAAGCCGAACCCAAAUUACACCAUAUAGGUGCAAUGAAUGCACCUUCGAUCGAUCGAAGGUGGAACAAGCUUUUGGAAUUGAAGAAGAGUCACGAACUCAUAUAGAUUUGAUGAGUAUGCAAUAUGGCAAAGUUGGAGAUGUAAUUGGCAUGUACAAUGUUCAUGUUUAUAAUUAGCCAUACGAUAAUUUGUACAUAAAAUAACUUACCAUUGGCAGUAGACUUUUCUAUAUUUUUUAUUCUUAGUAGUAAUAUAUUAGUAGAAUAUUAAAAUCAAAUUACAUAGAAACAUAUUUAUUCAUAAACAAAUAUAUAUGUAUAUUUUGUCUCUUCCCACUCA